ACUGCGUCACUAGUAUUUUUUGCGUGACGACAUAAGCAAUGAAAUGAGUAUAGACAGUGGUGGUGCAGAUGAAUGAAGAAUGAAGAAGCGUCAUCUCUGACUAUCUCGUAUUUUUACUCUGACUCUGACUGUCUCUCCAAUUUCUCGUUUACGAAAGCAAAAUCUCGCAAACUUCAUUACUAUCCAUUCAUUCAUUCGCUGUUUCGUUUCGAUUGAUUUCGAAAACGAAAACCGAAUUGGAUUCAGCUGAGAAUGGGGCACAGUUCAAAGAAGAAGAAGCGCGGAGGAGGGAGUGGUCGCCGGAGUAAGGCUAGAACGCAGUCCAAAGAUCACGUUUCUCAAUUCGGCGCCGAUGAUAACGAUCAGCUUUCCGAAGAGGUUACCGCAUUAUGCGCAAUUUUUGAAGAAGACUGCAAAAUUCUUCCAGGAUCGCCACCUCAAAUAGUUAUUAAGCUUAGGCCAUACUCAAAGGACAUGGGUUAUGAGGACGUAGAUGUUUCUGCUGUUCUUGUUGUUAGGUGCUUGCCUGGGUAUCCCUUCAAGUGCCCGAAGUUGCAGGUUACUCCUGAAAAAGGGUUAUCAGAAACUGAUAUUAAUAAGCUUUUGUCUCUACUCCACGAUCAGGCUAAUUUAAAUGCUAGGGAGGGGCGUGUUAUGAUCUUUAAUUUGGUUGAGGCUGCUCAAGAAUUUCUUUCUGGAAUUGAGCCAACAGUCAAAUCAACUGAAUCUAUGCUUUUGCACUCAGCUAUGGAAAGCAAUGAAGAAUUGUUUCCCAAGGAUGUGGCAUCUUCAAAUAAGAAUCGUUCUUUUGUUUAUGGUUUUAUAGACCUUUUCAGUGGCUAUGGAGAGUCAUGGAGUUGGGGUUUUGGAAUGGACGAAACUGCUGGAAAAAGUUUGCUUCAUCCCUCUAAGUCUGAUGCCUCAAAAUCACAUUUAGGUGCCCGGGAGAAGAAACCUGAUAGUAAGGAAACACCGUUAAUAAUGCCAGAACUUCCUGCUAAAUUAGAUACUGUUGGAGAAGUUAGUGAAGACAGCAAAAAUAGCUUAUCUUUGACUCAUUCAAGUAGAUCUUUGGUGGAGGAUUUUGUAGAGAAUGACUACAAAGGUGAGAAAGAGUAUUUUAUUGUUGAUGAGUAUAAAGCAGAAGAUAAUGAAGGUAUGUUUAAAAGUGAGUCUUCAGAUUCUCAAUCUUCUGCAUCCUUGCCUCAUCACCAACCAUCUCAAACAGUUGAAAAGGAUCUCAUAAUGGUUCACAUGCUUCGCCAUGUUUGUGCUUCUAAAGGAGCAUUGGCUGACUCUUUGCCACAAGUGGUGACAGAGCUGUACAAUUUAGGGAUCAUUUCUGACCUGGCACGUGAUAUGGCCUCUGAACCACCUUCCAUUUUCAACAAAACCUUUGAUAGUGUUUUUGAGAAACACCAGGCUUCAUCCUGUAUAUCUCAAUUCUGGAAACCUUCUGAUAUUGGAGGCUCAGCCACACUUCCCCACAGUUCUCGAUAUUUGAAUGAUUUUGAGGAGCUAAGGCCACUUGGUCAUGGUGGUUUUGGUCAUGUUGUAUUGUGCAAAAAUAAACUUGAUGGAAGGCAGUACGCAGUGAAGAAAAUCCGCCUGAAGGACAAAAGCAUGCCGGACCGAAUAUUAAGGGAAGUGGCUACACUUUCUCGUUUACAGCAUCAACAUGUUGUUCGGUAUUAUCAGGCAUGGUUUGAAACUGGAGUUUCUAAUUCUUAUGGUGAUUCUGCUUGGGGUUCAAAGACUCCAGUGAGCUCUACUUUCAGCUAUAAAGCUGCAACCUCCAAUGAUGCCUUUGGGCAUGAGAGUCAGCUUGAAUCAACUUACCUUUAUAUACAAAUGGAGUACUGUCCCAGGACUCUUCGCCAGGUGUUUGAAUCAUAUAAUCAUUUUGACAAAGAAUAUGCAUGGCAUUUAUUUCGCCAAAUAGUGGAAGGCCUGGCACACAUACAUGGACAAGGAAUAAUUCAUCGGGACUUAACACCAAGUAACAUAUUCUUUGAUGCUCGCAAUGAUAUUAAAAUUGGUGAUUUUGGUCUUGCCAAAUUCUUGAAGUUGGAGCAGCUGGAUCAAGAUUUGGGCCAUCCUGCUGAUACCACUGGAGUUUCCAUUGAUGGCACUGGACAAGUGGGGACUUAUUUCUAUACAGCUCCUGAAAUUGAGCAAGGAUGGCCCAAGAUUGAUGAAAAGGCUGAUAUGUACAGCUUAGGAGUGGUUUUCUUUGAGCUUUGGCACCCAUUUGGGACAGCAAUGGAGAGACAUGUUGUUUUAUCUGAUCUGAAGCUGAAAGGGGAACUUCGACCUGCUUGGGUUGCUGAGUUUCCAGAACAAGAAUCCUUGCUGCGGCAGUUAAUGUCUGUGGGUCCUUCAGAUCGCCCUUCUGCCACAGAACUUCUGCAAAAUGCAUUUCCUCCACGAAUGGAGUCUGAAUUAUUGGAUGAUAUUCUACGAACAAUGCAGAAAUCAGAGGAUAUGAGUAUAUAUGAUAAAGUUUUAAAUGCUAUCUUUGAUGAAGAGAUGUUAAGCACAAAACACAUUCGUCAGGUUGGUAGGUUGGGGUCAGUUGGAGAUAAAAGUUCAUCCAUUCAGUGCACAGAAUUCGAAACUGAGGUUCGAGAUUAUGUUGUAGAGGUAAACAGGGAAAUUUUCAGACAGCAUUGUGCAAAGCACCUAGAAAUAUCGACAAUGAAAUUAUUGGAUGAUUGUCCACAGUUUAAUAGAAAUGCAGUUAAACUUCUGACCCAUGGAGGAGACAUGCUUGAACUUUGCUAUGAGUUGCGUUUGCCUUUUGUGUACUGGAUUAUAUUUAACCAGAAAUCUUCAUUCAAACGCUAUGAGAUAUCAUGUGUCUUCAGAAGAGCAGUUGGACAUUCAUCACCAAAUCGCUACCUUCAGGGAGACUUUGAUAUUAUUGGUGGUACCUCAGCAUUGACAGAAGCAGAGGUCAUAAAGGUCACAAGGGACAUAAUCACUUGUUUUUUUCAUGAAGACUCAUGUGACAUUCAUCUAAAUCAUGGUGACCUCCUGGAUGCAAUUUGGUCAUGGAUUGGAGUCAAGGUAGAACAUAGACUCAAAGUAGCAGAGCUUCUUUCAAUGAUGGGUUCUUUGCGCCCACAAUCCUCAGAAAGGAAAUCAAAGUGGGUAGUUAUAAGGAGGCAGCUUUUGCAGGAAUUAAAUUUAGCAGAGGCUAUGGUAAAUAGGUUACAGACAGUAGCUUUAAGAUUUUGUGGAUCUGCAGAUCAGGCACUCCCCCGAUUAAGAGGAGCUCUUCCAUCCGAUAAACGUACAUUCAAGGCACUUGAUGAAUUGUCUGAGCUUGUUAGUCUCUUGAGAAUUUGGAGGAUUAACAAAAAUAUCUAUAUAGAUGCACUAAUGCCACCGACUGAAAGUUAUCAUAGAGAUAUGUUUUUUCAGGUAUACUUGAGGAAAGAGCACAGUCCUGGAUCACUCUCUGAAGGUGCCUUGCUGGCCGUUGGUGGUCGAUAUGACUAUUUGCUUCAUCAGUUGUGGAGUAGUGACUAUAAAGGAAAUCCCCCCACUGGUGUGGGGACUAGCCUUGCUCUGGAGACAAUAAUUCAGAAUUGUCCUCUAGAUUUUAAGCCCAAUAGAAGUGAAGCCAGCACCAAUAUUCUUGUCUGUUCAAGAGGAGGAGGUGGUCUGUUGGUGGAGCGCAUGGAGCUAGUUGCUGAAUUAUGGGAAGAGAACUUUAAGGCUGAAUUUGUUCCUACCCGUGAUCCAAGUCUUACAGAGCAGUAUGAGUAUGCUAAUGAACAUGAUAUCAAAUGUCUUGUCAUCAUCACUGAUACAGGGUUCUCCCUGACAGAUUCUGUUAAGGUUCGACACCUUGAACAUAAAGGGGAGAAAAACGUUGAGAGAGAAAACCUUGUCAAGUUUUUAUCAGAUGCUAUGGCAACACAAUUUAGAAAUCCCUCCAUUUGGAUCUGAUCGCAUGUUCUUAGAAGCACAACUGUUUUGCCUCCGCCUUCAACAUGAAUACACGUGAGUUGUUCCUGGAGCAUACGGAAUAUUUUCAGCUACUGAACAAUAUUCUAAGCGGGACCAGAUUAUCAACGGGAUGGCUUCUACUUUCCUUGAACGUAGAAGAAAAUUCAUGUAUAUCAGUUUUGCUGCUUUUAUGGUUGAUCAUUGAAUCUUUUUCAGAUUAUUUUUAGAUGAUUCAGAUACAUAAUCAACAAUACUUUGUAUAGGAGGAAAGGGAGGUUGAAAGUGUACAUGUUUUCAAUGCGGGACUGGAGAAAAAAGAAAGUUCAAAGAAAGUGAACUUUUAAUAUGGGACUUGUGAAGGAAAACAAAUGAGGUUCAAUUUUUUAGGUU